AUGGGCCUUGUAAGGUACAUAGCCAAUUCUGCCAAGUGUAACAGAGCAUGGCACGCAAGUGUGUGGGUGUGUAGGUGUUAUGAAGGCUACGUCGGUGAAUUCUGCGAGUGUGAGCUUUCAGACGGGAGAGUGUUACCAUUAAUGAAACGAGAUGUUACGACUAGCACCUCACCAAAGUGUAGCGGUCGAGGCGAGUGUAUUGUAGUAGUGUGUAACAAGAACACAGAUAAUUCUAAGGUAAGACUGUUGGCAUCGUCGUUAAGGGUAGUUUAUGGUUUGGCCGUGUGUAACAAGAACACAGAUAAUUCUAAGAUAAUCUCGGGGACACAUUGCCAGUGUACCAAUUACGAAGGCUGCCAAGGGGCCAAUAGCCUCAUGUGCUCUGACCACGGGGAAUGUAAAUGUGAUAAGUGUAACUGUGUUGAAGGCUGGACUGGUGAAUUCUGUGACUGUGAGAAUGCCACUCACAACUGUAGACAGACUGAAAACCAAGAAAUCUGUUCAAGCCACGGCAGGUGUGGAUGCAACAGGUGUGUGUGUGACGCUACCUACCUCGGCAAGUUUUGUGAGGACUGUACGAACUGUGCAGGCAAGUGUGUGGAAUACAAGUCAUGUGUGCAGUGUCAGGUGUUCCAGACGGGAGAACUCUCACCGGAAGAAUGCCUGACCAACUGUACAGAUUUUAACUCAACUAAAGUGAUAUCCAUUGAAGAUGUUGAAGGACAGUUAUGUGCCUUCGCUCAAGACGAUAACUGUAGAUUUUUCUUCCGGUUUGCUCUCAACAGCGCUGGACUGCUGGGGGUCUGGGUACAAGAGGAACUCGAGUGUACCAACCCUGUUAGUCUGAAAUGUAAGAUAUAA